CGGCGACGUGACAAUGACAAUUAUAAUUGUCAAAACACCUUCGUCUGUGUCAAAAAUUUAAAGUAACACUAUUAAAUAAUAACUGCGUUAUGUGCGUACUUCUGUAAUUUAAAUGGUUGUAAUUAGUUUAAUGUACAUGUGCGAUGCUAUUAGAAAUGCAAGUGUUUACAGCGUUUAUGGAUGUUGAAAGUACCAGGUCUUAUAUCGAUGACUUGUACUCCAAAGACCCGUCUAAAUGCCUUCAAUCGAUAGUUUGUAUAAAGAACUCGGUAAUAGGAUCAAAUCGGCAAAAAGAAUCUGUAAUAGCACAAGGCAUUGUCCCUAGGCUUUUGUUUCUUCUCAAAGACAAAAAUACCAAGGUAAACGUACGCGUUGAAGCCGCGGUAACCAUAGGAUCGCUAGCCAAAGGCAAAGAAGAGCAUGUCGAAUUGUUAAUGAACUCCGGAACGAGCCAAAUACUUUUGGACGUUCUGGAAGAAAACGAACCGAGAUUAAUAGACUCGUGCUUAUGCUGUUUGCGCACGUUAUCCCAACACGCCAGCUCAUUCGACGUUAAAUACGACACGAAAAGCCUACAGAAAUUGCUGAGUUACGCCGGGCCGAAAGACAGCCUGCAGCGUCAAUCGUGCGUAGCCAAUAUCAUCACAUCGGCCUGCAAGGGCCCCACGGAACAAAACAUAUUAUGCUCGAUAGGAGCGCCGGCCGCUUUGGCUUCUCUGCUGUCAGUUCAAAACUACUCGGUAACCAUACCGAUCGUGACUUGCCUCGCCACGAUGUGCUGGAACAAUUCCAUCGUGGCCGGCGUGAUAGUAAACACAAGCUGCAAAGGCAUACGGAUUCCCGAUUACCUGGAGAUACUCAUUUCGAGAGACAGGCCGAUCGAUAUGCAAUUAGGCGCCGCUAGGUGCCUGACGAAUUUGUAUCGAGCCGGUGCUAUAUCGGCCUACGAUCCAGUUAUCACCUAUCGUACCCUUCCGUGUCUCGUCAGGUUAUGUCAGGUGGAACGCGAUCGAGAAGACACCCACAGGGCUGUAGCGGCCGAUACAUUGGCUUAUCUAACGGAAGUCGAUAGUAACCUACAACAAGUGGCAGCUAUUAGUAAUCAACUCGUCGGUGCUUUGGUAGAUCUUUUGAAGAGUCCCAAUGCGGCUGAUCGAGGAGCAGCGUUUAGGGCUUUCGCUUCGUUGGGCGCGAACGACGAGGACAUACGAAAACGAAUAAUAGACACGAAAUGCUUGAUGGAUCGCGUGGUGGACGGUCUGGGCGACGAGAACAAAGAAAUACGAUUGGCGGCCGUGCGAUGUUUGCAUUCGUUGAGCCGAUCGGUGCAACAAUUACGCACGACGUUCCAGGACCACUCGGUGUGGAGGCCGCUGAUGACACUGUUGACAGGUAAAAUGAUACAUUGGACGUAUUCGAUAGAUAACCCUUCGACAGAGUUAUUGACGGCGGCGUCUUCCGCUUUAUGUAAUUUACUGUUGGAAUUCAGUCCGGCGAAGGAGCCGAUGAUCCAGCAAGGCGUCGUCCAAUUGCUGGCUACUAUCACGUCCCAAUCGGAUCCCAGUCUUCGUUUGAACGGCGUUUGGGCCCUGAUGAAUCUCGCCUUCCAAGCCGAACAGCGAUUGAAAUCGCAAAUUCUCACUACCCUCGGCACGGAUCAAAUAUUCAGGCUGCUAGCCGAUCAAGAUACUAAAGUUCUAAUGAAAACGUUGGGGCUACUGAGGAAUUUGGUGUCCCCUCGCACGCACACCGACAUGAUGAUGGCCCUGCACGGGGCGCAGAUCAUGCAGGGCGUCGUUUUGGUGCUGGAAGGGCCCCACCAGCCCGACAUCAAGGAGCAGGCGUUGUGUAUAUUGGGCAACAUCGCCGACGGGGAGCGCGCCCGCGAGCACAUCAUGUCCAAUGAAGACGUGCUGAAGAAGCUGAUCGACUACAUGAACCAUCCGGCGGCCUGUUUGCAGGAAUCGGCGGUGUUUUGCGUCAACAAUCUGACGAGGCGCGGCGAGCCGGGCGCCGCCGAAAGGCAGACGCGAUUGAAGGAGUUGGGAGUGGUGAAGAUCUUGCAGCAGUUGUUGAGCACUACGGAAUCGAAUUUAUUUGAUAGAGUUAAGUCCGCUUUGACCCAGUUCGCAGAGGUGUGAUUUCGUUUGAAUUCUUUCGGUUUUUUUUUUAAAUUUUGCACAUAAGAAACAACACGUUACGUAAUUUAUUGUGAUUUUAAUGUAGACUGACCGAGUAUGUAUUUAAAUAAAAUUGUAUAUGUACUUUAAGUUCUACAGUAUAUGAUACGUUCUGUUGCGUCUCUUUAUUUUUGUUGUAUUUUUCUUACAUCGGGAAGAUUAAGCCCGGAUAUGGAUUAAAGGCGGAAUUUCGAAAUAAAAAAUGUAAAUUUAUGCGUAUAUGUAAUAUUUUUAGAAGACCUUAUGUUUAAUCUUCGUUCAUAAAAUAGUAUUUGUCCUCUAUUGGAAUGCUCAAAUAAACAAAAUCGCGUAUGAUUGAUAAAAAAUAAAAAUAGUGAGAUUAUAAAGAAGUACGUUAUACUCUAACGCAUAAAUGAAGCUCGGAGGAGCUUCGAUUUCACACAUUAGAGUAAGAUCCACCAUCUUAGGCUCUGUCUGUACCAUCCGCAGGACUAUUAUCAAUCGCUGCGUUCGAUAACGGAUCCAAUUCGGCGAACAAACUCAACCAAGAGACCUGCUUGCCGUUUUCCCGCGCAUUUCCCGCGGACUGACUAGAAUUCUGUUGACUAUCGUUCGUGGAAUCCGCAACGUUGAAGAAUCCAUCGUUUAAGAGAUUCGAAGGCAUAAAAUCCCCGGCCAGAAACUCCGAAUUGGAGUUCCAGUUCAAAUCGAGCAACUCCGAGCUCGGUUUCAAUGAACCAUCCUCGCUUAUCGGUUGCUCAGGUAAAGGUAACUCGGAUAGAUCGGUGUUUAGUAGAUCUCCCACAUCGCUCGAUUGAGACUCUUUGGUG